CGUGAGCGGCAUCUUUUAUCCUCUCGUCGGGCAACCAACGCCGCUCACUCCGGCUUCUCCAGUUCGCCUCCCUCGCCGUCGCCAUGGCCGACACCAAGGCCCAACGCCGAGCACGGAGUCCCCCUACCAGUCCCACUCCCACAUGGGCGCGACGGAGCGAAGCCCUAACCCACAUCCUGACCGACCCCUCCCACUCGCCGUCGCUCCACUCGCAGCUCUUCUUGGCGUCCCGCGUCCCGUGCCCGCCCGGGGGCUCCUCGUACCCGCCCUUCCUCUGCCCCGGCGCGUCGCUCCUCCGGUGGGCCCUCGCCUCCGUCUUCAUCCCGCGCGCCGCGCGCCUCGGCCUCCCGCCAUCGUCUUGGCGCUCCCGGUGCCCCUUCCAGCUCCCGCCGCCGGUCGUGCCCUCCACCGCCAUCGAGCCGGCGCCGGAGCGGUGGGGAGAGGCCGAGCUCCGGGGGUACGCGCAGCGGAGGCGGGCUCGGAGGGGGCCCAUGAGAGUUCGGCCGCCGGUGUCCGUGGCGGGUAUCGUGCUGACGACCGUGCCCAACUUCGUGAUCAUCGCGGUGAUCAUGCGCGAGCUCUUCUGGGUACGGCCCGGCCGCCUCUGAGCUACCGAGCAUGCAGGAUCAGGAGGCACAAGGAUCUCAACAACUGCAUCUGGGUCACCUUGUGCAUGGCUGGGAGCAUCUCUGGCAACUCUCGGAUGCACCACAGUUACCACUAACAAUAAACCACUGGACCCUCCUCACGAGUGAUACAGUACACCCAGAGCAGUGAAGUCGUUGGGCCAGUCAGUCAGUAUUGCUCUGUCCUCACCAGGUCCUUCUUGUUGAACAUUCUGACUGCCAGAUGUGCGCUCCGGUAGGAUCAACCAAAAGCUGCAAAGCAUCCAUUUUGGCAGUGAUGCAAAUGUUUCUGAACCACUCAGGUUCAAGAUAUUUGAUAUCAUCCUGGGUUCUGAUUGUUGUCGUGUUUGGGUACAUCAGCAUCGAUUUUGCCAGGUCGGAAGCUGGAUUUUUGGGUAUGAAAUCGAAGACGUGAAGAAGACUGGCUUUAUAUUAUCUGUGUGCUACACUCCUUGUGCAAGUAGAUCAGUCUCCAUGCAACGCCUAGUUGCCAGAGGUGCCAAGAUGUUUGCGGUUAGUGCUACUGAAAGGGAAUUUAUCAAGUGGCCCAUCGUCAUGACUUGUACCAGUAGCCUUUCAGUUCCUUCAUUGCAAAACCUAACCAGGAAACUGUAUCCAAUGAUUUGGACAUCCACAGCAAAUUCCUUGCAAUGUCUGAAAGAACCUUCUCAAUCUGUUUGACUGCACGCGGGUAGUGAGCUCUCUUUAUAGACGACCCCAGAACCUCCUGUACCUCCUUUCUGAAGUUGAUAAUUGAUUUGGCAGAGUUUUGCUGCUUCUGCUAACAAGACAGUAUUCCAAAUGGAUAAACGAGGCAAGGAGAAGGUUCGCCGGUACAGAGCUUACGAGUAGGGAGCUCCAACUUGUUGGUGUCACUGGUUAGGUGAGAUUUUGAGCUCUAUUGUUCUUCGGUACCUUUAUAUACGAUGUUCUCUGCACUGUGAUGUCUGCACACAAAGAGGGACUCUUCCAGCCAUGGCCUUGGUAAAACACUGGCAGUGCAGAAACAAUCCAUCAUGCACAGUUUUUUUAUUGAUAAUUAUUGUUGAUAGUCUAGUUAUUGUUCAUGGUCAGCAAGAGACCAAUACGUUUGCCAGCUGCAUCGAACACCAGCAUGAGCCAUUCCCAUCUGUUGUCACUGGACCAGCAUGAGCUCUACUGGUUUCCGGAGGUUGCAGCAACAGGGUAAAACACAAGGCUUCCGUCAUCUUGCACGAUGAGGAGAAACCUGCCAUCCGUGGAGUUUGUCGCCAUGAGCCGACUGCGGAGGCGGCGAAGCAGUUGAAAGGCAGGAUGAGUUGCUCAAGGUGCCCUCUGGCAGAACCACCAGUGCAGCCCAGAGCAUGUUAUGUUAGUGUAGGCUGCAAUGGUGGUGACUGGGGGAUUCCAUAGCUCACGGCUGGCAGAGUGGCAGGGAGAGCGCCCUAUCAGAUUGAGCUGCAGGCAUUUAGUUCCAAAGACAAGCCCUGGGUUGUGUUCUGUAGUGAGGUUGAGAGGAUUAGCAUGAAAACCACGUGGGUGAGGGACUGAGGGUGAUUUUGAGAACCGCACUGCUCUUUGCUCUCCUUGCAGCA